GUGAGCACUCAGCAAUUUUAUCUCACAAGUCAUUUUAGUUUAAUUUUGUAUUUCGAUGAAUUGAAACAUGAGAAUUAUACUUCUAUUAUUUACUGUUAUAAUUAGUUGUAAUAAAUUAAGCACUGCUGAAAUAAAUGAUGUAAAAUGUGAUGCACAACUAGAAUAUUUUAAUGAGGCGUUAUCAAAACGCGAAAGGUGGUCAAUUGAUUUGCUGGAUUCAUGGUCAAAGUUCCAAUCAGGUGUGUCGUCCGGAAAUUUUGUAGAUUUAGGUCAUUUUGAUCAAUGUACACGGUUCGUCCACAACUCGAAAGACUCAAAUAUCGAUGUUAUUAAAGGACAACAUUGCAUGAUUUAUUAUCGAGCUACAGCAAAUGCAUCAACUCAUGAAAAUGAUGGAAUAUUUGAUUGGCGAGAAAUUGGAUCUGCAUUGCGUGAGAGAAAUUUGAGAUUAGGAGGUGCUGUCUGCAUGCCAGCAUCAUGUUCAACGACUAAAAUAAGACAAUUUGUUAACGAGACAGUUCUUGCAUCUGCUGAUUUGGUUAUCACAAACGAUUACGAUCAAUCAAUGUUCUGCAGUACAAAUGAGCCAAUUCCAUUUGAAACUAUUGACAUUGUUGCUAUAAUAAUUGCAUCGAUUUUCGUUCUGUUACUGAUAUCAAGCACGACAUAUGAGAUCUACAUGAUUCACAAAAACCAAACUCCAUGUGAGCUUUAUUCAGCCUUUUCAAUUUACAAGAAUGGCAAGAAAUUAUUUGACACAAAACGAGGACAUUCGAAAAGUAUCAUUCACUGCCUUCCAGGAUUAAGAACAUUUUCCAUGUUUCAAAUCAUGUUGGGUCACAGAUAUGGUUGGACUCGUGGCUUUCCAAAUAUAAAUACAAAUGAUUAUACUGCGAAUGGCAUAUGGCAGAAAACAAUUUGGUCGGCAAUAGUCAACAUUCAUCCGAUUGCAGUUGAUACAUUUUUUGUACUCGGUGGAUGCUUGCUGGCUCGGUCUAUUUUUAAUUCAAUUGAAAAAGGCAAAUUUAAUAUUCCAAAAAUGUAUUUGCAUCGUUACAUGCGCGUGAUGCCAGUUCUAGCAUUUUUAAUAUUAAUUGUGGUAUCGAUUUAUAAAAUGUUUGGUGAUGGACCAUUUUAUGAAUUUACAACGCGAGGAGCUCAAAUAGACCAUUGUAAACAAUAUUACUGGGCAGCACUGCUACACAUUCAAAAUUAUUACAAUCCUUUAGAGGGGUGCAUCCAGCCAUCGUGGUAUUUGAGUGCAGAUUUUCAUCUUGUUUUAAUCUCUCCGUUGGUGAUGUAUCCAGCUUACAAAUAUGGUUGGAAAUUCAUGUGGAUAUUUCCAUGCUAUAUAAUUGGAAUCGUUGCGUGGAUUUUCACAGCCUCAAUGAUACAUGAAUACAAGCCAGCACGACUUUUGAUGCCAUCUGAUGCUGGUCUGCAGUCUGCAAUAGAUUUUUAUUUUCCCACUCACAUCAGAUGUGGUCCUUGGCUGAUGGGAGUUAUGCUUGGCUACACAUUCUUUAAGCUGAAUGGGAGAAAGAUUAUUGUACCUAAACACUUGAAUAUUUUAUUUUGGAUCCUCACACUCACAACACUGAUUGGAGUUCUUAUUGGAAUGUGGCCAUUACAGAACUAUGAAAAUAGUCCACCUCAAGUUGUUCAUGCAUUAUUCUUUUCAUUACAACGCAACAGUUGGGGAUUAGCUAUAACGUGGAUUAUUUUUGCAUGUGAAAUGGGAUAUGGUGGGAUUGUUGGGAAAUUCUUAGAACUGCCAAUCUGGAGACCAUUAGGAAGAAUGUCUUUGAGCUUUUACCUAGUUCACACUUUAUACAUCACAGUUCAUGUUGGACGAGGACGAGUGCCUCACUUUUUUGACGAUGCAACAUUGUUGCACAUUUAUGCUGGCGAUAUCAUUGUGUCCACAAUAUUGGCAUCAAUUCUAUAUUUAACAUUCGAAGAGCCAUUCUUGAUUGUUGAAAAUUAUAUUUACAAAAGGAUUGAACAGAGAAGUGUCAAGACAAAAUCAAAUAAGGAAGAAGCUUAAACCAGGUGUAAAAACUUGCAAUCUUUAAAUCAAUUGUUGAUUGUUUGUAAAUAAAAUGUAAUCAAAAAGUAUUAUUGAGUCUAGAUUUUUAAUAAGCACACGCG